AUGGUGGCCGCAAGUCGACUUCUUCACGUGCCAUUCAAGACGACCAUGCGCAACAUCACCGAACUUCCCGUCGUCGUGAUGACGACGAUAACAACGACCGCUCACCCAAACGCACUCGUUAUCCUCGGCGAGACCGCUGUCAGCCGGCCCGCACAUCAACGACCGAUCAAUCUCGGCGCAACCAAGACACCAACAAUCGAAGUACUCGCGAUAACAGCCGGCGCCGCUCCUCUGCGGAUGGUCAUGCAUCACGUGUCACCGUCUCGGUCUCCACCCAGGUUCCGUCUCCACCUUCUCCUGCUCCGUCUCAUAAAUGAUAAUGCCAUGCGCCUCAAGUUGCCUCCCUCGAUGUCACGUGUUCAUGACGUGUUCAACGUCGAUCGACUUAAACACUAUCACCCCAACGAAGCCAAACGAACCACCGGCGAAGAAAUGUACAUUGUCGAGAAACUGCUCAAGAAGUGCCAGUUUAAACGCAAGUUGGAGUACUUGGUCAAGUGGCAUGGACAUCCCGAAAGCGAAGCCACGUGGGAACUGAUGAAGGACAUCAAGCAUGUUGUGCACUUCAAGCAACUCGUCCAAGACUUGGAGUCAAGGCGUUUCAAGGUGUACAAAGACGUCAGGGGGGAGAAUGUAGCGAUGUGGCAGGUGGGGGUAACGGCUUGCCACCACCUUGCCCACACCCAGCUCCUAAGACUCACCCUAGCUAAUGCUUGCCUGGGAAUGUGUCUCAAGGGUAAGUAUGGCUUAGAAUCGCUAGCCUAG